AGCGCGGAUUCGAGGCCGGGUUUGAUGGCCUAUACAAUGCUGAAAAUCUCUUUGAAUGUCUUGAAAAUGCAGGCGCCUCCUCCACCCCGAGCUUUGCCGCCACCUGCGCCUGCUGCCGAUGCAUAUGAAGAGGAAGAGGACGACGCGCCGCCUCCUCUGCCUACCGGUCGAAGUCCCGCUGCUUCUCGGGCUCUCGCUCCCCCGCUACCGCCGACCAACCGAGCGAGCAUGCCACCGCCAGCUCCCAGUUUCAGGCCCGCCCCAGCGGACACGACGUUUGCUCCCCCCACUUUGGCAAGUCAACAGUCGGUCGCACCGCCUUCCCCAGCUUUGCACAGCCCGUCGCCGAGACCUGUUUCGAUGAUGACGCCGACAGCAGGUGGCAUGGAUGGGAACAGAGCCGCAAGCCCCCCUGCGCAGAGCGGACUGCUGGUCUUCCCUACGAGCGCGAUGUUCCCGCCGGUUAGGCCGUUCCAACGAGGCACAAAGACGUACGCCAGCGGAAACACUCAAGGUGGCGGGAUCGGGUUCACAGGUUGAACGUUUGCGAAGUAGAGGGUGGUAUUUCGUUCAAGACCUUCUGUUUCGCUCUUUCUCCUUUGUUCGUGCUUUAGGCAGUUGAAUGUGUCAUAGCAUGCAUCUAUGUGGUUUGUAGAGACCCGAGUUUUACGAAAUUCGUUUCUUGACGACGCUGGUCUGCGAUUUCUGCGAUCCGAUAGUUUCCUCCAGGC